CUGUUUCUCUUCUGAAUGAAUGCUGAUGAGUUGUUCCUUUCAGAUAAAUUCAGAAGUAGCACGGCUUUGCCUUCACAAAACACCGGAGUUUCAGAUACCAAUUUUGCUACUGCUCUGGCUUCCCUCCUCUACUUAGCCACCCACACUGCUCUGGAGUUGGCAACCAAAAUGGAAGCCAACACCGGCGGCGGCGGCGGCGUCCUCGUCGUGUCACGCCGCAUGAUCCGGCCGGAGUUCAAGGAGCUGCCGCCGGAGCAUGAUACGACGGUUCACCUUACGCCGUGGGAUCUCCGGCUGCUCACCGUGGAGAACAUCCAGAAGGGCAUCCUCCUUCCCAAGCCACCCACCGGCGGCGAGACUCUCGUCGAACACCUGGCGUCGUCGUUCGCUCGCGCACUCGGCCGCUUCUACCCCUUCGCCGGCCGCCUCGUCGUGGAAGAGGUGGAUGGCGGAGCGUCGCCUGCGAGCAGCGUAUCUGUCUCGCUGCGCUGCAACGACGAAGGCGCUGAGUUCGUCCACGCCGCGGCGCCCGACGUCGCCGUCGCCGACAUCGCCGCCUCGCUGCACAUUCCACGCGUGGUCUGGUCCUUCUUCCCGCUCAAUGGAGUGGUUGCUGCACACGCCGCGACGGAAUCCCUGCCGGUUCUGUCCACGCAGGUCACCGAGCUCUCUGACGGCGUGUUCAUCGCCAUGUCUGUCAACCACGUCGUCGGCGACGGCACCAAUUUCUGGGAGUUCAUGAACACAUGGUCGGAGAUCAGUCGAAGUAGCGGCGGCGAACUGGGCAUCUCGCCAUCGGCGUCGACGUCGACUUCGCCGCCUCUGGUGGUCAAGAGGUGGUUCUUGGACAACUGCACGGUGCCGAUCCCUCUGCCGUUCGCCAAGCUCGAGCAGAUCAUCCCGCGAAGCGAGCACCAAGCGCCGGUGCAGGAAUGCUUCUUCGCUUUCUCCGCGGCGAGCAUAAGGAAGCUGAAGGCGAAGGCGAACGACGAGAUCGCCGGCGCCGCCGUCGCCAUCUCCUCCCUCCAGGUGCUGCUCGCGCUCGUGUGGCGCGCGGUUUCGCGAGCCCGCGGCCUCGCGCCGCGCCAGGAGACGGCGUACGUGGUGGUCGUCGGGUGCCGGGGACGCGUGGGCGGCAUCUCGUCGGGGUACAUGGGGAACGCCGUGGUGCCCGGCGCGGUGAGGCUGACGGCCGGCGAGAUCAUGGAGAGGGGGCUCGGGUGGACGGCGUGGCAGCUGAACAAGUACGUGGCGUCGUUCGACGAGGCGGCCAUGAGGGGCGCGCUGGCGUCGUGGCCGCGGCGGCCGGACUUCUUCUCCGUCCUGAGCCUGCUCGGCGGCGCCGCCAUCAUCACGGGGAGCUCGCCGCGGUUCGACGUGUUCGGCAACGACUUCGGGUGGGGGAGGCCGGCGACCGUGCGGAGCGGCGGCGCGAACAAGUUCGACGGGAAGGUGACGGUGUACGAGGGGCCGGACGGCGCCGGGAGCAUGUCGCUGGAGGUUUGCCUGACUCCGGCGGCGCUGGCGAAGCUCGUCGCCGACGAGGAGUUCAUGGGCGCGGUGACCACGCCAUGAGUUGCAUCCAUGCAUGCUUCUAUUCAUUGCGAUUUGCGAGCUCAAUUGGUUAAAAAAAAACAUUCACAUCGACAUCAUGUAAUCCAUUUAUGUCAAUUUGUCAGUAGAAAGGUGAUGAAUUCAUCAACAGCUAUAGCUGAUAGAUCAGAGAUAUCACUGGAUUACCUUUUGUAUCAAACAAGGAUAAAUCAAUAUGUUUGUGAAGUGAAAUUUCGAAUGGUUUUUAGACGAA